AUGACGGUGCCACGACCCCUCGCCGCGUCCGCUCGCGCUGCCCGCCGCCGGCUCUCCUCCACGAUCGCUGGCGUCGGCCACUCUGGGCACCUCUCGUCGGCGGCGCUGCGCAACCGCCACGACGUGCCGCUUGCCGAGGCCGGGCUCACUGCGGCGCAAAAGUACAUGUUCGACCUCAACGGCUUCCUCGUGAUCCGCGGCGCCUUCGACGCGGAUUUGGUGGCGCGGGCGAACGGCGCCAUCGACCACCACGCAGACACCCUACACGAGCGCACCGGCCAGCUGCGGACGUCUGGGCUCUACGGCCGCGAGUCGGCCCAGCUGGCAGGCGACGGCACGACGGGGCGCUUCGACAUGGGCGGCAUGCUCGGCUGGAGGGCGCCGCACCGAGAGCCCUUCCGCGAGCUUCUGACGCACCCCGCCGUCGCGGGGGCUCUCAACGAACUCGUGGGCGUCGGUUACCGGCUCGACCACUCGCCGCUGCUGAUCGCGCAGGAGCGGGGCAGCGAGGGGCACACGCUGCACGGCGGCGCAGUCACCGAGUCCGGCGAGCCCGCCUGGCCGCUCGCGUACGAGUGCAGGCACGGCCAGAUGCGCAACCAGCUGCUGACGGUGUGCAUGCAGCUGAGCGCGGCGCCGGAGGGCGCAGGCGGCUUUUGCGCCGUGCCGGGCAGCCACAAGUCCAACUUUCCGGUGCCGCCCUCGCUCGCGGACCUGGCGGACGAGGCGCUCGCGAGCUGCGUGGUGCAGCCCGCGCUGCAGCCGGGCGACUGCCUCCUCUUCAGCGAGGCGACGCUGCACGGCACCCUUCCCUGGACGGCAGCCCACCAGCGCCGCACAGUCAUCUACCGCUUCGCGCCCGCAGGGUCGGCGUACGGGCGCGGCUACCUGCCCAGCUGGCCGGAGAGCGUGCUCGACGGGGCGAGCGAGGCGCAGCGCGCGGUGCUCGAGCCGCCGUACCACCCGCGCAUGAACCGCACUUCUGUCGACCGCCGCGGCGAGGCCGUGGCCGCGAGGGCGAGGGAGGCGUGGAAGGUCGAGUUCGAUGAGCGAGUCUUCGGCACGCGCUAUUUCUGAGUCGAUGCGCGUCAGCGCGUGCCUCCUCCGAAUGGCGCGCGGGGCCCCGCUCUCGACAGCGUCACGAGCGCGGGUGGAGAGAGGCAGAGCAGGGCUCGAGCCGGUGAGCGGCGUGAGCGGCGGCCCGGCGGCGCCGCGCGCAAGAUCCGCGCGCGCUCGAGCUGCGACUCGUCGACGAGCCGGCGCGCGCCGGUGUUGGGCGUGGGCGAUGUGUCCGCGGCGAGAGAGGUUUGAGCAUGUUUGAGAUAUAAUCACGCGGU